GGGCGCAAUAUCGGAAUCCGCAAAUUAUGAUUAUGCAUGGCGCACGUUUGAAGAGUAGUCGGAGCUGAGGCGGCAUUAGCUGGAACUUGGAGUCGUUUCACUACAGAUGCGCACCCAGCCGUGUCAUGAUAUUUUGAGUCUUACAGAGCUUUGGAAGAGAUCACAAUGUGGCCUGUUAACCAAUGGCAAGGCCAUGGGCAAUGGGGCAUGCAAGCCCAGCAGCAAUACCAAGCAAAUGCGGCCACUGACUGGGCAGCUUUGGCACAAGAAUGGAUCCGACAGAAAGAAUCAUCAGGACCUCCAACAUCUCAUCCCCCUGCUGAAGUGGAGCACCCUCCCUUACCCACGCAGGUCCCUCCAUCAUUACCAGCCCCACCUCCUCUGGAUGAUGUCGGCAACAAAGAAGGUGGAGAUGGCAUGAUGCACCUGCUACCACCCCCACCCCCACCACCACCCCCAAAGUGCGUGGCAGCGGACCAACAACACCCCCCACACUUACCCCCUACAAGUGCACCUAUGGCCUGGGACUGGAAUCACCAAAAACCUAGCACACAGUGGCAUCAGCAACAGCAGCAGCAGCAGGAGCAGCAGCAGCAGCAGCAGCAGAAUUUCUCCACACCACCGCCGCCACCACCCCCUGGCCCACCCCUGGGUCCUCCCCAGGGUCAACCCCCGCCGAUGGUCGCCCCUCAGAGGUUUGACUACGCCCACGGUGCGGGUAACAGUAGCUCGUUAAAGAGGUUUGAUCACCAUGGUGAUGAAGGGAGAGGUUUAGCCCCUCCUCCUUUCCACCACCAUUCCUCUAUUCCUGCCGAGAGAUUUGACUAUAAUCAUGGUGGGCAAAGCAAUGAGUACCAACCUCAGAAUUAUCAGCAGGGAUACGCCCCGAGCCAACAGCACUGGCACCCCCCGGGAGGCCCUCGUGACGAUUUCUACCAGCAUGACAUGAACAUGGGCGGUCGGGAGCAGCACCCUCACACCGACCACCACCAUCCCGAGCGCUACCACGGUAGGGGCAGGGAUGCUGGUAAAGGGUACUCGGACUAUCGUAACAUGGACUAUACCUCCCAGCCUCAAUUCUCACACUACCCACCUGAUGUAGAGGAGGAGGAGCCGACGCCCACCCUCGAUGAGCAGAAAAUCAAGCUUUUGCCUGCUUGGAUAAGAGAAGGCCUGGAGAAGAUGGAUAAAGAAAAACAGAAGAAGUUGGAGAAAGAAAAAAAGGAAACAGAAAGACGAGAACGAUUGGAAGCUAACAAGAAGGCCGAGAACGACAUCAUCAAUGAAGCGAGAAUCGCAGCCGGUCUUCCACCAAAGUCCAAAUACGAUGAUAGUGAUGAGGAAGGAAGAGGGGAUGAGAAAGAUGAGGAUGGAUUGAAAAGCAAAAGAAUGGAAAAGGAGGAGGCAUCCACUAAGGGACUCCAGCCUCAAGUCGUUGAGGAGGAAGAGGAGGAAGAAGAGCCUUACAUGACCGAGGAAGAAAAACAACAGCAGCUGAUGAUGAAGAUCAGGAAAUGGAUGACAGAGGUCCUGCUGGAGGUGACGUGUAAUGAGAUCAAAGUUAUUGCUUCCGAAGUUCAUAGAAAAGCUAAGCUAAGAGCAGCCAAAGCACCAGCUCGCCAGCUUUCUAAUUCCACUGCUUUGGCUUCCAUAACUGGCCUGUCUGGUCUGACAUCAUACGCCUCCGACAGCGAGAACGAAUCUGAGAGUGGGAACGAGGGAGAAACCAAGGAGGAAGAAUCGGACAGCGAGGAUAGCGAUCUUGAGUUACAGAGGAGCAUACAGACGAAAAAAGAACAAUGGAGACGGAAAAAACAUGAAAAUAUGUUUGCGACGUCUGAUGCUGAAAGUGAUCAGGAACAUGGAGACGACAGACAAACAUCAAAGGAGGAUUCUGCCGACCAGAAACCCGUCUUCAAACGACCCGACAGCGACGAUAAAGGGGAUGAUCAAUUAGAAAAUGACAGGAAGUCGGGCAGUGGGAAGGGGGUGAAAGACGAGAGUAAAAAAGAAACUACCGGAGAAAAGAAAAGAACUGGGAGGUGGGAUCAGAAAGUGAAGGCAGCGGUUAAACCCGAAGCGGAAAGCUCGAGCUCAGAGAACAGCGAUAGUAGUAGUAGUGACAGUAGCAGUAGUAGCGGCAGUGAAGAGAGCAGCGAGGACUCGUCUGAGGAUGAGAAGGAGAGGGUUAAGAGGAAGAAGAGCGGUAAGAGCAGAAGCAGAGAGGGAAAGACUGCCGAGAGGAAGAAAGAGAAGGAAGAAGAUAGAGAGGGUGAUGGGGAAUCAAGAAGGGAGAAGGAGAGGAGAAAGAAAACGGAUAGAGAAAGGGGUAAGAACCGUAGUAGGGACAAGGAGAAGGAUAGGGAUCGGGAUAGGGACAGGGAGAGUAGAAGACAUAGAAGCCAGGAAAGGAGUAAGAAUCAUGAUGAUACGAAAGAUAGGAGGAAAAGUAGAAAGGACAAAGAUCCAGAAAAGAGCAAAGAAAAACGUAAGAAAAGUAGAGAAAGGGAUGAGGGGAAAAGUAGAGAGAAUCGGAAUAGUCAGGAGAGGAAAAGGGAGAGGAGUGCUGAUAGGGAUAGAAAGAAGAGGCGUGACAGGGACGAUGACUCUAAGCACGGUCGAGAAAGGAAACAUAGCCAUAGUUCUAGGGAUAGGGAGGAUAGAGAACAUGGGAAGAGGAGGCAUAGAGAUAGGGACAGGUCUAGGAGUUCCGAAAGUGAAUACUCCAGCUCAAGGGAUUCGAAACGCAGGAGAUCUAGGACUCCCGAGGAUUCCAAAUCAAAACGGGACUCGUCACGUCACAAAGAUCGCUCUUCCAGUAAACGGCACAAGGACAAACACUCACGGGAUUCAUCAGAAGAUGAGGGAAGCGACCACUCACGGGAUCGUCAUAGCAGUACGCGGAAGAAAUCCUCAAGGCGCCGUUCAAGGUCAACAUCGGAAGAAUCCCAGCAUAGGCGAUCAAGGAAGAAGCGUCGUAGAGAGGCAAGUGAGGAUUCGUCUGAUUCGAGAGCCGACUCUUUAGAGCGGUCUCACGGAAGCAGGUCCGGUAAGGUGUCGAGUCGCAAACGAAGGUCUAGAUCAACGUCAAGGUCUUCAAGACGUUGAUCGAAAUCAUGAAAUAGACAUUAACUUCCAAGUAAGUACAUCAGGGGGGUGUUUCACAAAGACAUAAGUGUGUCUUAAAAGUCAUGCUUAAAUGCUGACACGUACAUGAAGUGUAACAUGCAAUCUUAUUGGAUAAUAUGUAGUAUCGCGCGUCCCCUUAGCAUGAUUGGACCAAUGAUGUAAUGCGGUUUAGACUGCAUUUCACCAAUAUUUCAGUGCGACACUUUCAUCUUUGUGAAACACUUCCCAGGAUGUAAAGUUGAUGAUGUAGUGAUGUACCGAUAAAGUUAUUUUUUAAAGUUAAGUUUAAGGGCAACUGGUAUGAUCUGUCCUGUAAAUUUCAACACAAUUUAGUACUCUCUGUAUCAGAAUGGCAUAAGGAUUCCCUGGUUUUGACAAAAAGGAGUGCAAAAAUGUUUCUUUUUACGCUUUAACGCUUAAUUUACCGCAUAAAGCAAAAAAUAUGUCCAAUGCUGAUGUGCGCUUUUGUCACAGUGCACCAAAUUGACGCCUGUUGCAAUCGCUUUAAUAGCACGCUGUUUUAUUCACGAGUCCAUUGUUUUGAAGAGUGGACUCAUUAAUUCAAAACAGUGUACUUAACCAUGCGUGCGGCGCACUAUCACCAAAGCAUGCAUCAGUAUUGGACAUUUUCCAUUAUACGUGGUAUACAUGUCGUUAAUAAGCGUAAUUUAUACAUGAAAUCUUCAACAAUUUUAAAACCACCUUUGUGAAUUGGGCCUAAAUGAUUAGACGAUUGAAUAAACUGUUUAUGAGCCAAUCUGAUGUAACAAAGUGCAAAAAGUUGAUUUAGAUAGAAAUUAGACCAUCUAGCGUUAGUCUAAAAUACAAUGGCCUGUAUUAGGAGGCUCCACGACAUUUACUCCAGCGACGAUUCCUCUGCUGCAAAUUCCACACAUUAGUGGAAUAACCAACUUCAACCCUGGAUUUAGCAUUAUGCCCUAUCCUAAACCUAACCCUGAAACCUAGCAUAAGAUCCUACAUGUAUUUCAACCCUAACCCUGUAUCUUCAGACGUAAUAAAGCCCGGAGCGAUUGUCGCCAGAGCAAAUGUUGUAUCACCGCACUCUGAAGUCAGCUUUUGACUGAGGCCAUGGUCCAACUCCAUGCCAAAAUUAUGGGAAGCCAAACAUUUAGACAUUGCAUUUACAUGUACCCUGUACAUGUAUGUUUUCUGUCUUUACUUGGCUCUUCCUCAUGUUUUAAUGAUGAAGAGAAGUAUUUCAUUUAUGAUUCCCAUACAAAUAUGAAUGAUUUGAGUGUCAAACGAGCUGACAAAAUUGAACUAGUGCUGUUAGAGAUACCUUUCAAAAUUGGCUAUCCAUAGUUAAACCGCAACUUUAGACCAGGGUUUGAAUUAACCCCAAGUCCAGAAUACCACCCUUUGGCCCGUAUUCUGAAGUCGAGUUUAACUUAGACAGUGGUCUAACUCUGUGCUAAAAUUAUGGGGAGCCAAAAAUUCAAAACUUCUGUUAAUAUUGCAUAUUUCUUAGGUUUACUAUUUCGUUUCCUUUUGCUUUCAUAAGGAAGAAAAAUACUUCAGUUAUCAUUCCCAGACAAUUAUGAAGAAUUUGGGUGGUAUUUGAGUUAAUAAAUUGAAUGUAUACUGUUCAGGCUUUGUUCCCCAAUUGGCUUUCCAUAGUUAAACCGCAACUUUAGACCAGGGUUGAAGUUAACCCCAAGUCCAGAAUACCACCCUUUGAGACUACAUGGGAAUGAGGCCAAGUAUAGACCAAAUCGAUAGUAGACCAAUUGGCCCGUAUUCUGAACUUUAACUUAAACUCAUGUUUAAAGUUGUGGUGUAAGUAUGGAUAGCCAAUUGUUACAUAAAUCACUAACAGUAGAGAUAUCAUAUUUCAGCUCAUUUGGCUCUCAAGUCAUUCAUAAUUGUUUAAUGUAAAUAGAUGAUUGUCUUCACCAUCGAUGAUUCAGGAAAGAGCACAGUAAACAUAAGAAACAUGCAGCUUAAUACGAAUUUUGACACUUCUGGCUUCCCAUAAUUUUAGCACAGAGUUAGACCAUGGUCUAAGUUAAACCUGACUUAAGAAUACGGGCCAUUGAGUCUAGGGUAUGUGGUAUUAGACUACUUGAGAAGUACAUACCAACUGCUAGAAGAUCAAGUGAGUGACUAAUCACUGUAAACUACAAGCAGUACCCGGUGCUGCCCAAACUAGCGCCUUUUGCUUGUAGGAAUGCACACUAAAGCUAUGCUGGAACUUUGCAAUACAUUACUUGUGGUCAAAAUCUAUAAUUAUGUGGGAAUCAUUUUAAGUGAAUUGAAUUUUAAAAUAUUUUCUCUUUAGUGUAUGUCAUUGAUAACAACUUUGUUUAAAUCCUUGUAAUCAACAUUGAAAUUGUUCAUAUGGAACAUGGCCGUACCAGACAGAAAUUUUGAUAACUUACAUUUUUUUAACUAAAUUUUUUAAAGAAAAUUUAUCAAAAUUGUGAGCGAAAUCCUUCAAUUUCACUUCUCUUUAGAAAAUACAAAAUCGCUCCAUGACAAGUUUGGUCAGUCGCUCCGCUCCCUCACUUUUGAGUUCCUUUGAAAAUUUUUAUGCAUCUCGACACACCCCCCGCAAAAAUUGCUGCGUACGGCCAUGAUACAGCAUUAGGCUAUAUCCCUCUUUAGGUGGAAUUCGACUUCGAAGAGACAAGCAACACAUGCUUUGCUCAAUGUGCUCUGAAAAGUUGUUUGAAUUAGCGCAGCCUUUAAUCAUAGAGCUAUCUGUAAUAGCUCUAUACUUUAAUGCUACGGUCACAAAUACCUUUGCGAACACUGUACAAAUGAUUUCAUACCAGCUAUGUGUAAAAAUUGUUUAUAUGGUGCUUGUAAAGGUAUACGUGGCUGUAGCAUCACUUUUGAACCACUUGAUCCCAAUUUCACAAAACGUAAAAUUAGUGUAUAUGUGAGCCUAUCUUGGUUAUUUCUUGAAUAUGAAAGAGUAAAAUAGGUGAAAGACUACAAAUUUCACUCAAAAUUUACGUAACUCCACAGAUUUAGACAUACCUUUGCACCUACAGGUGUUUUAUUUUCUGGUAAGUUUUUUUUACGAGACCAUGAAAGUUGCAAUACAAUUCCCCAUUAGUAUCUUGCUUUGUAAUUAGCUGACAAUUUCAGCAAGUGUUUCGAUCGUCAAGUUCUCACCCACAGCUAAACCGUAAAAUUGCCAUGACUAAGAUUGGUUCCAGUGUUGAUUUUAUCCUCGUAUUUAUAAAUUUUUGAUUGAUCAAUACAUGCUUUGUCUACAUUGUUUUUAGUCUCAUCCCAUAUGGUCUAUUUCCAGUCUGUCAGCACUUGAACUUACCAUUUUUCUUAAUUACCAUUUAGUCUAAUUACCAUUUAGUCUAAUUACCAUUAAUACUACAUCUGUAUUUACCAUUUUGUCUAUUUUCCAGCAGGGCUAUACCCAUUUUGUCUUUUAAAUCUCACUUGGUUUAACAGAACUUGGUUAGAUGAAUUGUUAAUAAACCUAAUUAUUUUAUUGAGAAAGUAAAAAGUAACAAGUAGGUGAUAUGGAAAUUAGACUGAGUGGGUAUUGGACUAAAUUGAUGGUAGACGAAAUGGAUUAAGACCUUGUAUUAAACUUUCUGAGAGGCAUGUAUAGAUGUAGAUCAACUGCUCAUAGACAAUGUGAAUGAUAAAUGCUUGUUUUAUGUAGAUGUUCAAAAUCACAAGAGAAAUGUUGGAUGUUGAAAGAGAAAGGAAGGGGGGGGGGGCGUUAUUUGUAGGUCACCAAAAUAAAUCUGCAUUGUACAGUUAGGUAUACUGCAUGUAUAUUACUGUUUUAUUCAAGGUAUGAUCCUCUUUAAAAAGGUAAAGUCCACCACCACAAAAAGUUUGUUUGAAUAAAUAGUGAAAACUGACGGAAGCCUAGCACUGAAAACUAAUCAAAAUCGGAUGUAAACAAUACAGUUAUGGUAUUUUGAAAAGUUGCCCUAUUUUAUUUUUGAACAGGUGGUGUGCAAUUCAAGGAGCCAAUGACUUCAUAACUAUUUCUUAUAUUAUCAUUUCUGACUUAAUGAAAUAUUUCAAUUUUCAUAUGUUUAAUUAUUUUAACUUAUUAAGAUCCAAUAUAGAGAUUCUUUAUCAUCGAAUCUAGAAUGAAAUGCAUGUACAUGUAGAUCUGAAUACAUUUAUUUCAUAUUUCAAACACUAAAGAAAUAGCAAGUAUGUGACAUCAUCGGCUCUCGUUAAUAUGGGCACACAAAUGUGAAUAAAACCGAUUUCUGAAAUUAAAGGUGGUCGUUCUUGGGUUCAAGAGGGCACUGUUUGUACGUAUUGCGGACAGCGCCAGCGGCCCAUUGACACCAAUGUUAUACAACGCUUACACAGAUGACAAUUUUUGAACGCCCAAACUCGACGAUUCUCCGCUCUUGUACGCUUCGGCUGCUGUUUGAAGAUCUUGGCAGGUUGGCUCCGCCCCCUGCUGCUGUAGCCAAAAGCAGUACAGUGUAUGUGUUCUGUGUAUGUAUACAUUUUCUGUGCGACUGGCAGAUGAUUGACAGCUGCAUGCAAAUUACAUUGAUGAUCCUUGAGAUGAAGAUGCCGGCGAGUACAGCACCGACCGUCCAACAAAACCCUCUUGAACCCUGGCAAAGUGCCUCUUUAAAGUGACUCAAAAAUAUCAGAACUUUCGUAAUUUACAUCUGAUCUUGGUGAAAUAUCCUUCCAUGAAGGCUUCGUUGAUUUUUUCCUUCUUAUUCAAAUACAUGUAAAUUUGUUGUUCGGGUGGACUUUCUCUUUAACAGAAUUUGUAAAUUGGGUCCUUGAUGCCCUUGUAUAGAUCGUGAAAUCUGACCAUCAAUAUGCAGGUGGAAAUGUAUUGAUAUUGUAAUAAGUUUAUAUUAAAACAAAUGAAAAUA